AAAUAUUUAUUAGACUAUGACAUUUACAACAAGACCAUUAAAACAUCGUAUUUUUCUCGGAGGCUAUAUGGGAUUAGAACGGAAAUCAAGUUCACGCAUGUCAAAUCAAAAGUUGUAACCAAGGAAAGAUCUUUUUCAACACAAGCAAAUCUGCAACAUAAACAACACACAGAAAAAUGUCUGAAGUAGAAGAAACAUUAAAGAGGAUUCAAGGCCAUCGUGGGGUCAUAGGAACUAUUGUUGUUAAUAUGGAAGGUAUUCCCAUCAGAACAACCCUUGACAAUUCUACAACAGUACAGUAUGCUGGUCUGAUCACACAACUGACAUCAAAAGCCAGAAGUACAGUCCGUGACAUUGAUCCACAGAAUGACCUCACAUUCCUUAGGAUACGAUCGAAAAAACAUGAAAUUAUGGUUGCCCCUGAAAAUGAAUAUUUGUUGAUUGUCAUCCAGAAUCCUGAUGCGGUGUAAGAGUUGUCUCCCAUAAGUAUACAAGAAAAGGAGUAUACAUUGAUCUGCAUACAAUCACCAUACGACAAUUAGACUGUGGAAACUUACAUCUGGAAGAAAACUUUCAAUAUUUCUUGUUUUAAUGUUAUAUAAUAUGUACAAUUUGUCUAAUGUAUUUACGUUUCAACUUUGUGACCAAAAUUAAGCAUUAAUUUAAUUCAUUCUAAAAAGGUUAUUUAUUGGUCAAUAUGUGAAAUUUAUCAUUAAUACACAUAUAAAAAAAUA